AUGUGUAAAGAAGACAAUGAAGAGAAAGAAGAUGACAAUGAAGAGAAAGAAAAUGAUGAUAAAGAGAAAGAAGAUGAUGAUAAAAAGAAAGAAGAUAACAAUGAAGAGAAAGAAGAUAAUAAUAAAGAGAAAGAAGAUGAUAAAGAGGAAGAAGAUAUUAAAGAAGAUGGUAAAGAAGAAGAUGUUAAAAAUAGAUCAUUUUGUUGA